AUGAUGAGUUCGGCGCCAGAGAGCCCGGAAGCCGAGUCCCACCUCCCGGAAGCGGCGCCCCCUAGCGUUAGCGAGUGGAGUCAGGAGGUGGAUGUGACGGGGGAGCGGCGGCGUUCCCAGCUAGGCGUGCGCUGGGCUUCUCUUCACGAUGGCUCCUCCCAGCACCAGUUAAAGGAGUCGGAGUCUGAGGAGGAGAGGGAGGAAGACGAGCCGGAGGAGGAGGAGGAGCUCCGAGGGGUCUUUAUCCACUUCGGCCCGCAGGUUAAGAACUCAGUGCACCACAAGGAAAUGGAUUGGUCCAAACUAAAAAAACUAGGGCUGUACCGGCUCACCAAGGAUAUCAUUGUGAUGAUCCAAGUGUGUAAAAUGUUCCGCCAAGGCCUUGGGGGAUUUCGGGAAUAUCAGAUCAUUGAGACUCCUCACAGAAAGCACCCUAUCUUUUCCUUCUGGGAUAAAAGGAAGCAAGGCCGAAUUACAUUUGAUACCAUGGACUUUGUUGCAGAGGAGGGUCACCUUCCUCCAAGGGCCAUUCAGAUCAUGCAGAAGCUGCCUUCCUGGAGGACAGAGCCUGAGAUCCAGGCCCUCUAUAACUUCCUGCAGGUUCUGAACAGCUACCGCAACUACUCAGAGCCCCUGCAGCUGCUCCUGGCCAGAGUCAUGCGCUUUGAACGGUUUGGUCGCAGACGUGUGAUGGUCAAGAAGGGGCAGAGGGGCAACAGCUUUUAUUUCAUCUACAUGGGCACAGUCGCAGUGACUGAGGAUGAGGAUGGCAGCAGUGCCUUCCUGGACCCCCACCCAACGUUGUUGCACAAGGGCGACUGUUUUGGGGAAUUGGGCCUUAUGAGUCCUUCAGUAAGGAGGGCCACCGUGGUCUGUAUGGAAGAAACAGAGUUCCUGGUUGUCGACAGAGAAGAUUUCUUUGCUAAUAAGCUGGAUCAGGAAUUCCAAAAGGAUGCUCAGCAUCGGUUUGAAUUUUUUAGGAAGAUGGAUCUGUUUGAGUCGUGGUCUGAUGAAAAGCUCUGGAAGCUCGUAACCCUGGGGAAGGUGGAGAAGUUCUCGUAUGGCCAGCUGGUCUUAAAAGACUUCAUAGAAUCACCCUCCAUCAUGUUUGUCUGCAAGGGCAGCUGUGAAGUCCUGCGUCUGAUAGACCUUGGGACCUCGCCUUUCUACUACAAGUGGAUCUGGCAGCAUCUGGAGCUGAUAGACACAUCUCUGAAGACCCACCUCAAUGAACCUUCUCCUGUGGAGAGAUUUAAGGAAUUCCAGAUAAAAUCAUAUCCUGUACAGGACUUUAGUACUCUGAAACUUAAGCACCUCCAGAAAGCCUGGGAGCAACAGGGGUCCAGCUUCAGUAGGAGGAUUAAAACCUCAGGAAAUACUCUUCCAAAGACCUUGGGCCCGAAGAUCAAAUCUAGGCAUCCACAUUCCCUCGAAUGUCCCAUGAUCAAUACUGAGUAUGGUGAACUCCCUGAGGAGGCUGCAGUGGGCGCCUACAUCAAGAUCCACACUGUAGAGGAAGGAGAAACUGUGGGCCUUCACCAGAUCCUCCUCCCGGAGAACCAGCGUGACAUGCGGCCCCUGGUCCUUGUGAGCCUGGGAGCCGAGGUGAUACGGAUAAGGAGAGAAAAAUUUUGGGAACUGAUUGACAGCGAGGUAAAAGAGAAGUUGUACAGAUUCCAGAUCAAGUACCCCAGUGAUGAAGAUAUGUGCCAGAAGUUCCUCCAGGAGAACAGCUGGAAUAUCUUUCGGAAGGACCUGAUGCGGCUGCUGCUGAAGCCUCGCCAGCGUCCAUCAUUCAUUCCAAUCCGGCCCAAGAAGAAAGGGAUCUACAACCCCACGAGUUUGGUGCUGGAUUUGUGUGGCCUCGACAAGGAGACUAAACCUUGUUAUCCCAUUUUUAUGGCACCCCAGAAAUACCUCCCCCCAUUGAGGAUUGUCCAAGUCAUCACAGCCCCCCGGUACAAAAUCCAAGAACUCCUGCCUCAGUAUAAGAAUGUAGGAGUCCUUGUUUAG